CCUUUUUCUGAUCGCCACAGAGAAAAUUUACUUCAAUUACACAACUUUUUUUUUUUUUACAAAAAGAGUUAGCCUAAAAUAAUAUACACACAUUGUAAAUUGAAAAAAAUGUGACUUUGUUUUUUAAUACAAAAAUCCUUGAACGGCUCUCCUAAGACCAACUUCUAGUUUCGGUUUUAUCCACAGAUCAGAGAAAACAUUUCCCCCUCCCAGCAAUUAGAGCUAUUUAUUAUAAGAAGUGAAAGUGCUGCGGGAGUUAGCAGCCUGCUUUCAGACGGAGGACCAGAGCUCGCCGACGGUACGAUCCUUCUGCUGAUUCUGCCGUUUAUCUUCUGCUUAAACAGAAAAUCGUCAAACCUACGAAAAUAUUAACUGAGAGUCACUUUAAUUUUCAUGUGCAGAGGAUGUCGAAGUCAGACUGGACCUUUAUGGAGCUCCUGCUGGAGCAGGGGCAGGUGCACUCCACAGGUGUGGGGAAGAUGUGGCUGACGGUGCUCUUCCUGUUCCGCGUGCUGGUGCUGAGCACGGCGGCUGAGUCGGUGUGGGGCGACGAGCAGUCCGACUUUGUCUGCAACACGCUGCAGCCGGGCUGUGAGGCCGUCUGCUACGACAAGGCCUUCCCCAUCUCCCACUUCCGCUUCUUCAUCCUGCAGGUCAUCAUCGUCGCCUCGCCCGCCAUCUUCUACCUCAGCUACGCCGCCCUGCACGCCAGGGGGCAGAGGAAGAGGGAGGAGGAGGAGGAGGAGGAGAGGAGGAAGAGGGAGGAGGAGGCGAAGGGAAGGGACUCGAAGGUGGAGAAGAAGGAGAAGGAGGGAGGGCGGGAGAGAGAGGGCGCAGGGCAGGGUGGGAGGGUACCCCCGAAUGUGCCCAGGCUGAGAGGCAAGCUGUUCCGGGUGUACCUGUGCGUCACCGUCCUCAAGCUGCUGCUGGAGGCGGCCUUCAUCCUGGUGCUGUGGCACGUGUACGGCUUCACCGUGCCCGCCCACUACGUGUGCCAGCGCUGGCCGUGCCCACACACGGUCGACUGCUUCGUGUCGCGGCCCAAGGAGAAGACCGUCUUCACCGUGUACAUGCAGGCCAUGGCGGGCGUGUCGCUGCUCUUCAACCUGCUGGAGGUGUGCGUGCUCCUCCGCCGAUGCUGCUGCCCCGCCCCGGGCAGCUGGGCCCACCCCCGCGCCCCAGCGCCCCACCCCAAACAGAGGGCUCACCUCCACCUGCCCACGGGCAAGGGCGGGGCCACUCCGGGAUGGGAGGCUCGGAUUCGCUGGGGUGCCCAGCAUGCUUUUGGGGCGGAGCCAGCCUUACUUGCCCCUCCCCCUUCUCUGACCCGUCUCCCUCAGGAGGCCCCCAGGGGCAGCUGGUCCACACAGUGGCGUUAUCCCCAGGUCUACCAGCAGGGCGGCGCCUCAAUAUGAGGGACAGACUGGAGGUGCUUUUCUCUGAGAGUCCAGCAGGGAUGAGCCACUCCACACGCUACACUGCUGCCCUUUGAGGAAGAGGAAGGUGAAGAGGAAAGGGAUGAAAGCUGGUCUCAGGCAACAGGGAGCUCCUGAUCCUGUUGCUGCUCCAGAUAGGAAGAGUGUGAACGGAAUUUGGCUGAGAACAUUCCCAGAAUUCACCUCCAGCACCCCCUUCCACUUCCUGCUUUGCUCGGACAGUUCCAGAAAGUCUGUGCGCAUCUGUUUCCUGAUGAUAAGCAAUGCAAAGGCAGGAGCCUUAUCCCCCAAUAAGAUCUGCCUGUGAUCUGUGACAGGAAAUGGCCUCUAAUUCACAGGGUGGCUCCCGCUGUAUAAAUGUUAUUAUAUAACCUGAAAGUCAGGAAGGGAUAAUCUCUGAGUGACCUAAGGACAGUGUCUGCAGGUUUAACUCCAGUCCUGGAGGGCAGCAGUGUCUGCGGGUUUAACUCCAGUCCUGGAGGGCCGCAGUGUCUGCAGGUUUAACUCCAGUCCUGGAGGGCUGCAGUGAUUGCAGGUUUAACUCCAGUCCUGGAGGGCCGCAGUGUCUGCAGGUUUAACUCCAGUCCUGGAGGGCAGCAGUGUCUGCAGGUUUAACUCCAGUCCUGGAGGGCCACAGUGUCUGCGGGUUUAACUCCAGUCCUGGAGGGCCACAGUGUCUGCGGGUUUAACUCCAGUCCUGGAGGGCCACAGUGUCUGCGGGUUUAACUUCAGUCCUGGAGGGACGCAGUGUCUGCAGGUUUAACUCCAGUCCUGGAGGGACGCAGUGUCUGCAGGUUUAACUCCAGUCCUGGAGGGCAGCAGUGUCUGCGGGUUUAACUCCAGUCCUGGAGGGCCACAGUGUCUGUGGGUAUUGCAGACCUGCCAACCUUAGGAAAAUAUUUUGAGUACCACAAUAGUCAGUGUAAUGCUUAGUUCACAUGCUUUCGCACCACUUCGCAUUGCAUGCACACACGCACACACAAGCCUUUCUUCAUAAUUCUAGUUUCGACUGUUGUGAUAAGGCAAAAUUGUAUAAUUUGACAUGGUUCUAAAAUAUCACUUGCACUGCACUGGGCUAUAUUAUGAUAUACUUUCAAGUCAAAAGUUUGAGUACACCUGCUUAAAACAAUUUUUUCAUGAUUAAUAUUUCAUUAUAUGAUAUGUGUCCUUAUACAAACUCAUAACCAUAAGUGAAUUGCAUUCACUUAUUCAAUAAAAAUGGAAAUUAUUUAUUUUGUAUAUUGUAACAUAUGUUUUCAUUUUCAAGUAUUUACAGAAACUUAUGUUGUAAUGUAAAAAAAAAGCUUAUGUUGCAAUGUAAAACACUGUCAAUUAUGAAUAAAACCAAGUUUCUGUUCAUGAUUUCCAUUUUUAUUUAAUAAUUAAAUAAUUGAAUCAGCUUAUAUAGGCACACAUCAUACAGGCCUAAUGAAAAAAAGAAGUAUUCAAUUGAAAAAUUAUCUAGGAAUGUAGGCUUUUGUAACUAGAGGUUUAGCCAAAUUAUUACCUGAAGCUCCUUGGUGGCUAAUGUCAAAAUCAUAAUUGCACAAUGUGCAAAAUGCAAGGUGCGGAAGUUUUCAGGGGCGGAGCCACGGCCAUUGCUCCUGAUAUUUUGCGUGGAACUUCUGGGGGGCAUAGACCAGAGACUGUAAAAAAUAUGGACAAAGCUACUGUGAUGUCACCCAUUGACUCUCCGUGGGUCUCUAAAAACACGUUUUGAAGCUCAAUGGCGGGCGCGGCCAUUUUCUCGAUUUGGAGCCAAAACCAUAGAGUUAAGCGGUCUUGUGAUUUUUACAAUGUGAUUGACAGUCCGGAGCGGAAAAGCCCAUCAACCUGAACGAGGAUAGCUGACUGUCUGCCGUUAUGUUUUAAAAUAUAUUAUCAGAUGUUUACGGAGUUUAAUUUCCAUCCGUGACUGUACUGUGUCAUGUAAUCACGUUAUAUGUAUGACAUUAAAAAUACAAUUAGGCUAUGUUCAGUUAUCUUCAAUUUAUGUUUCUCUGCAAAACGAAUAUGCUUAGCUAGCAUAUCAGCUUGCCAGUGAGCUAGGUAGGCUGGCUAUCCGUGGUUAGCUCACGCAUUAGCAAUAUGAACCACAGGGGAAGAACAUUGACUACACUGAUGGUCAAUCAAUCAGAGAUGUGUAGGCUACUGGUGAUUUGACUAGGCUAAUUUUCGUUAGAUGGUAGAUCUGCUGUUAACCGAGCAAGUUAUCGUCGUAGGUUUUCGCCACAGUCAGUUAAUAAGCCAGUAACUGCUACUAGCUACUCCAUCGCCGUUUGUGGUGUUCACUUGCUGGGUGACGCUAGCUGACCGAUCGUUCGCAAAUCACUUUCUACCGAAUGAAAAUUAACACUGUCAGCGGUGAUUAACAAAUCUACCAAGUAUUUUAAUAACUGAUCUGCAGGCGUGUAAAUAUGACAACGCACUUUGUACAGCAAGUUUUCCACAUGGUGCAUGAAGACAAAAAUUAUGUAGCCUACAUUGAAUUUCUAAUUAUUAUUAGGCUAUUAUUUUUUUCUUGUAAAUCAUCAAAACCAAUGGAGAAAAGCCAAUAUACGCAAGGAGCCCCCAGAACCGAUACUGAUAACCACUGUCUUAAAUGCCUAGCUUGUCGGUCUCUUAAAUGCUAAAAACAUGUUCCUUUCUAAAUGCCAAGAUGGUUAAUUUCGUUAACUUCUGUGUGUGUGAUUUCAUCGUGUGUUGUAUAUUCAGCAAAUGAACCUUGAGACUCUCAAUUCGCUUCGUGAAACUGAAAAAGUGUUUAUCCCAAAAUCGGGAUUAUAGUAGCUUUGUCACAUGCGUGAAGCAUGGCCCAGGUAGACAUUUAUGGAAUGUACACGACUGACAAGCCGUCAAACACGUCUGACAGAUUGAAUGUUUGCCGGUUAAGGUUAGCUAGCUAGUCAAAUGGCUUGGUAGCCGAAGUUGCGAACUGUUCUAGCAUAGGCUACUACUGGACUACCAAAUAUAGCAAGCUGAUUACGCUUUCUGUCAAGUAAUUAUUUGGUUAACUAGGCUAAAGGAAAUCGUAAAAAUGACUCGGCUACCGAAAAACUUAAGAGGAGGAUUAUUUUAUGGUCGUCUAGUGCAGCUGUAAAUAGCACACGCCAUAAUGAAAUCACCACGAAAUGGGAUGCCUGCAUUUUCAGACUUAGCACAGGCGGACCGUGGCCGGAGCCGCAAUGUCAAGGCCAAGAGGCGCCACCGCCCACCCCAGUGACCAUAGACUGUA